CUGCCUGCCUAGUGGGCAACUAGAUGACUGAAUCUGAGGAUGUGGCAGGCAGAACGCUAGGGCUGUAGUUGAAACAGGCACGCACAGCUGGGCUGAAACAUAUGUUUUGAAUAAUAGGCUAUUAGUGGAGAUAUUUCAUUUCUUUAGGCGUUUGCACGGUGUUGGACGUUGGCUUGGUAUCCAGAUGUAACGGUCUACAUGCAGUGGUUAGCUUCGGAUCAAGCUGGUCUGCUUCGGUUGAUCAAUUUAUCCGAUCCAGCCAAUGGUAGUAUUGUUCGCCCGGAUCCAUUUGCAAGGUCGGUUCAUCUGACAAAAUGAUAACCAUGACGACAGAAAUCUCCACCUCCAUAAACAUCAAGGAGCCUCGAUGGGACCAAGGGACGUUUAUGGGCCGGGCCAAACACUUCUUCACCGUUACCGACCCCCGCAACGUCCUGCUCACCAACGAACAACUAGAGAAUGCACACAAAGUCAUCAGUGACUACCGGCAAGGUGUGAUGUCCCCCGGGCUGACAGAGGACGAGCUAUGGCGAGCCAAGUAUAUCUUUGACUCAGCCUUCCACCCAGACACUGGAGAGAAGAUGAUCCUGAUUGGCCGCAUGUCUGCUCAGGUCCCCAUGAACAUGACCAUCACUGGCUGUAUGAUGACCUUCUACAAGACAACUCCAGCUGUAGUCUUAUGGCAGUGGAUCAAUCAGUCCUUCAAUGCAAUAGUCAACUACACCAAUAGGAGUGGAGAUGCUCCUCUCUCAGUCAAUCAGCUUGGCACAGCCUAUGUAUCUGCUACCACAGGGGCAGUAGCCACGGCUCUAGGACUAAAUGCACUAACAAAGCACAUAUCUCCCCUCGUAGGAAGGUUAGUUCCCUUCGCCGCUGUUGCUGCUGCGAACUGCAUCAACAUCCCUCUCAUGAGGCAACGGGAACUGAAACACGGCAUUCCGAUAACCGACGAGAACGAUAACCGGUUAGGAGAGUCAACGACCGCCGCUAAGCAGGCUAUCUCCCAGGUGGUGGUGUCUAGAAUCCUCAUGGCCUCUCCUGGAAUGGCUAUCCCUCCAUUUUUAAUGAACACCUUGGAAAAGAAAGCCUUCCUGAAGAAGUUCCCGUGGAUGAGUGCACCUAUUCAAGUGGUCUUGGUGGGAUUCUGCCUGGUGUUUGCCACUCCGCUGUGCUGUGCACUGUUCCCCCAGAAGAGCUCUAUGUCAGUAAGCCGAUUGGAGCCAGAGCUUCAGGAGAAGAUCCGUGUGAGCCACCCCGGUGUGGAGAGGGUCUACUUCAAUAAAGGACUAUGAGUGUCCAGCCCAACAGUAGUGUUCCUCAGAGCAGCUCUACUGGCAGACACCACAACCCUCCUCAUUUUGUGUGCCAAAGUUCACUUCUGCUUCUCAUCCUCUCCUCUUUUCUGUCCUCUGCUCCUCAGACAGAAUCCCUUGGUUCUCUCCCCUCUCCGUCUCCCUCCCCCCUCUCUCUCGUGCGGUCUCUCCCUCUCUCUUUCUUCUGUCUCUCUCUUUCUUC